UUUUAUUUUUAAACAGAAAAUAAUUGUGCACAAGUGUAUCCACCCGAAUCCUUUAGAAGUUGUGCGGGAGUACCAAAAUUCCUGGAUUCCAAACACAAAGAUCAGGGGCUAGAGAAAUACAUCCAGAAGCCUGGAGAAGCUGCGGUGGUUUGAGGUGGGUUUUUAGUUAUAUUAUAAAGCGCUGUUCUCAGCCUCCAAGGACUAAGCAUCUGAGAAAGCCAGAAAGCUCGAAAAAUGGAUGAUGGCAUCUCCCGCAACAACAACAACAGCAACCAAAUUCUUUGCCCAAUCAAACCGAUUCGGUGCAUCGUUAAGCUUGGAGGUGCAGCAAUUACCUGCAAAAAUGAAAUAGAGAAGAUGAAUGAAGAAAGUAUUGAGAAAGUUUCAUCACAGCUGAGACAGGCAAUGAUUUCAGGGCUUUCUUCUCUGAAGAUUUGUGGGAUGGAUUGGAGCAAGCGACCUGGAAACUCUGAAGCUUCACCUACUGUGGAUGAUUUUAGUGAUCAAUCAUUGUUGGACUCUGACAGAUUUAUUGUUGUUCAUGGAGCAGGUUCUUUUGGGCACUUUCAGGCUAGCAAAUCUGGAGUUCAUAAAGGAGGAUUGAACCAACCUCUUGUCAAGGCUGGGUUUGUUGCUACACGCAUUUCUGUUACAACACUCAAUCUUGAAAUUGUUAGAGCACUGGCUAGAGAGGGUAUUCCUUCAAUUGGGAUGUCUCCAUUUUCAUGUGGAUGGUUGACUUCUGAAAGAAAUGUAGCCUCAGCUGAUGUGUCCAUGGUGGCAAAGGCUAUUGACUCAGGUUUUGUACCUGUUCUGCAUGGAGAUGCGGUCCUAGAUGAAGCUCAGGACUGCACCAUAUUGAGUGGAGAUGUAAUCAUUCGUCAUCUUGCAGCACAACUAAAGCCUGAAUAUGUUGUUUUUCUUACAGAUGUUCUUGGGGUAUAUGACCGUCCGCCAACAGAACCUAAUGCAGUACUUUUAAAGGAAAUUGCUGUGAGCGAAGAUGGGAGCUGGUCUGUAGUUAAACCAACACUGAAGGAGAUGAAUAAGCAAGUUGAGAUAACCGUAGCAGCCCAUGAUACAACUGGAGGAAUGGUAACCAAGAUAUGGGAAGCUGCAAUGAUUGCUAAACUUGGAAUUGAUGUCUACAUUGUGAAGGCAGCCACAGACGACUCUCUUAGGGCCCUGAGAGGGGAACUUAAAGGCAACAACGUUCCUGAGGAGUGGCUGGGGACUGUCAUCAGAUUGUUGAGAUAGAAAAUCUGGCCGGCUGGAUGUGCUUCUGUGUGUCAUGCUCCUUUCUUAGUUAUUAUGAUGAGCUCCUGUUUGAUCCUGGAAAAGGAUGAAAUUGGUUGUUAUUUUUAUUGUAUGAAGGAUCUCAGACAUACGAUACUCCUGAAGUGGUUUGCCCCAGAAAUUCAAGGGACCUUUGCUGGGAUUGCCGAUGCAUUUCUUCCUUUUAACUGCUCUUCCCAUCCCCCUUAACGGUCAUCUCGUAAACAAGGGUCUAACCUACAAGUGACCAUUUUUCUUGGUAUUUUAUUUGAUGAUAAAGUCUUGAGGAAUGUAGUUUAACCA